AUGGCCACCACCCCAGUGAGCUGGGAACCUGACGAUGAGUGGGAACUCAUCAACGAUGACGGUUUCGUCUACAAACAUAGGAAACGUCCUCGUGUCGACCUUCCUUCCUCUACUUCGGCACCGGGACUAUCGGAUCCGGCCGUUGAAGAGCAGAACCGCCGGCAAAGGAAGAAAAGAGCUCUUCUCAAGCUCAAACACAAGUACCAACAAGAGAUCGAACAUCAGCAGCAAAAAUAUCGACAACCCGAUGACGCUGCUACGUCGUCUUACCGAGUCACAACGACUUCCCCAGUCCCUCCGGAACAAUCGUCGGACUCCGCUUGCCAGCAUCUUGUCAAUGAACUUCUCUUGCAGACGGAAGCCCAAAAAUCUAUAAUUGGAGAUGUAGCAAGGCUGUGCGAUGUGGCCGAAGCCUUGUGUAGCGCAACAGAGGAGAAUUUUACGAAAUCCUUCACCGAGCUGCCGGUAUGGGCGUUGAAGCCACAUGAGCUGAUGACGUCACUCUACGAAGAUUGA